CAGAUUCUACUUCACGACCCCCACCCCCUUCACUCCGAACGCGGCGCAUUGAUUAUGUCGGACUCUGAAAAGCCAUCCGCCGAGAAGAAACCCGCUGCGCCCUCGGCAACGGAGGUCGAUCUCACCAAGUACAAGAUUGCCGCCGAAAUCGUGCACAAUGUGACGAAGAAGCUCAUCGAGCUGUGUGUUGAAGGCGCGAAAGUCAUCGAUCUUUGCAUCGAAGGCGACAAGCUCGUCGAGGCGGGAACCGGUGCCGUAUACAACAAGGCCAUCAAGGGCGUGAAAGUGACGAAGGGACUCGCGUUCCCUACGUCCAUCUCCGUCAACAACUGCGUCGCGCAUUUUUCUCCUCUCGAGUCAGACCCACAAUCGUCCCAGACGCUCGCGAAAGAUGACAUGGUCAAGCUGCAUCUAGGCGCGCAUAUUGAUGGAUUCGCGGCGAUCAGCGCCGAGACCAUCGUCGUUGGUGCAAGUGCGGAAAACCCUGUAACAGGCCGACGCGCCGACGUCCUGAAGGCUGCUUGGCACGCUUCGGAACUUGCGAUGCGCACAAUCAAAGCCGGCAACAAAAACUGGGCCGUGACCGAGAUUGUAGGAAAAACCGCCGCUGCGUGGGAUUGCAAGCCUGUUGAAGGCAUGCUCUCUUGUGAACAAACUCAGAACGUGGUCGACGGGAAGAAACGUAUUAUCCUGAACCCUAGCGAAGCCCAGAAGCGUGAUUUCGAGGGUGCGACAUUUGCUGAGGGUGAAGUGUGGGGAAUCGAUAUCUUGGUCUCCUCGGGUGACGAUGGCAAGGCUCGUGUCGAAGAGGCCCGCACUUCGAUCUACCAACGCGAUUCGACCGUGACUUAUCAACUCAAAAUGAAGAACUCGCGUGCCGUGUUCUCCGAGGUCCAAAAGAAAUCAGGUGCUUUCCCAUUUAACGUCCGAUCGCUCGAAGAUGAGAAACGAUCGCGUAUGGGACUGCAAGAAGCAGUGCAGCAUGGUUUGGUCAAGCCGUACGAAGUGAUUUACACGCCAGCCAACACCUUCGUCGCUGCCUUCCACUUCACGAUCGCCCUUCUGCCCAAUGGCCCUUCACUGAUCACGCAGUCGCCUGUAUGGUACAAGCCUGAGCUCGUCAAGACGGAGAAGGAGCUCGAGGACGAGGAACUGAAGACCCUGCUGGCUCGCAGUCUGCGCGAGAGCAAGAAGAGCAAGAAGAAGAAGGCCAAGACGGAGGCUGGUGAAGGCGCUGAAGCCGAGAAGGAAGAAUAAAUGUAUCAUCACAUCAUAUCGUACAACAUUCGAGUGCUCUUGUCUUGUCUCCCUACUGUUGUGUGUUGAAUCCUGUACAAUGCAUGUUCAUGAUGGAUGUAGUCCUUUUCCAUGUUCCGCGUCCUCUCCAAAAUGUUGUAAUGUGCGCACAACGAGGUCGACAUUUUCGAGGAAUGAGUUGACGGUGAGACGUGCUAAUCGCACAGUGAGCGUGUCGAAUGUGCUAUGGGAUUCACAUGUCAGUCGGUAAACGACGAUGCGCCCUCGAAAUCAAACGAAAAAGAUCGUACGCGAUCAGAACCUCGUCUUCGACGGACAACACGCGUUUCACGGCGUGCGGUUGCAGUUCGCUAUCCACCUGGAUGGUUUGCAUGGCAAUGAGCGCGUGCUUAGCGGAUACGAAUGGAAUCCGGAGCGUUCUUAGAUGUCUUGUCAGCGUCGAGCCCAGAGCUUGCCGGACCAGUUCACUUGC